AUUCCGUUUCUCAGUUUUACUCGCGCCACGAUUCGGUUCGGAUCGGCCAUCACUAUCUCCGCCCACUCACCUCCGCGCUGCAUCGUCGCCAGUUCCUCGCGAAAGGAGCGCGAACAAGCGGCCAUUUAAUUAAUCGCAUAAGUGCCGAUUAGAUUGCACCGUAAACUAGACGAGCGUGACCACAGUUUUGACCACUAUUGAUAAUAUGCGCACUAUAUAGCCUCCUCUUCACUCGACUCGGAAAACAUAACUUUCAACCAUUUAACUGUCUACCAAGAAGCCGGGUUGGGGAUCUUAUCUCUGGAAAUCGAUGGUUGUUUGAAGUCGACAGAUAAGACAAUAGCAUCCCGCAGUCGCCGGCGUUACGGAACCGAAAAUGGCGGAAGUGAAGCGUCGGGGGUCGAACACCCCACCCGGGCACUACUUGUGCGGCAUGGCCAACUGGCACCCCGCUUGGCUGCAGAAGUACGCCACCACCAACAUGUUCAUGGCCGUCUACGGACUCCUCGGCACCAUCCAGGCCAUGUCCUACAUGUACUUAAUCGUCACGCUCACUACGCUGGAAAAGCGCUUCAAGAUUCCCAGCCAAACAACAGGCAUUAUCCUAAGCGGUAAUGAAAUCUCGCAGAUCAUGUUGUCCCUCAUCCUUUCCUAUAUCGGUGGUCAGCGCAACCGACCCCGAUGGAUCGCCUGGGGUAUCGUCUUCUGUGGACUGUCCUGCUUUAUUCUCAUCCUGCCGCAUUUUAUCUACGGAGCUGGUCACGAAGUCCUUCAGUUCACCAAGGAGUACCAGGAGAGCUUUCUGAAUGGCACUUAUGAUGCGGGACAGCCCUUGUUGAACAUCAGCUCUUCCCAGUCUGAGCGACUUUGUGGAGUGGGCAAAAGCGAGGAUGAUUGCGACGAUCUCUUCUCCUACGUGCCACUGGUGCUCAUCUUCCUCUCGCAACUCGUUUUGGGAGUGGGCAACACAUUGUACUUCUCUUUGGGACAGACCUACCUCGACGACAACGCCAAGAGGACGAACACUCCUUUGAUGCUGGCGGUGGCCAUGGCCCUCCGGAUGAUUGGUCCUGUCGUUGGAUUCUUUUUCGGUUACCUGUCGCUGAACACCUUCAUUGAUCCGAGCAAGACUCCGUUGAUCGACAGCAAGGACCCCCGCUGGCUGGGAGCCUGGUGGCUUGGUUGGGUGAUCCUGGGAACCCUUAUGUGCCUGUUCUCAGGUCUCAUCGGACUGUUCCCCAAGCAGCUGCCCAAGAUCAAUGACCCAGCGAAGACCAACUCCCAUUUGCCUUUGGCCCUUCGUCAGACGAAGGAGGAGCUCAAGCGGGAGGAGAACCUGUCGUUGAGCAGCCGCUUCUCCUCGAAUGCGGCCCUGGAUAAUAUUGGAGCGGCUGCGGGUGCCAAUGUGGAUCUGCCCAAGCUGAAGGACUUCCCGAAGGCCCUCAUGGGUUUGCUGCGCAACAAGUUGCUGAUCUUCAACAUCCUCUCUGGGGUAUUCUACAUCUUGGGAGCCUCCGGCUUCAUGACCUUCCUCACCAAAUACAUGGAAGUGCAGUUCCACAAGGAUCCCCAAAGUGCUACCAUUGUCGUUGGUCCCAUCUCCAUUCUGGGCAUGGUCGUGGGUCUGAUUGGCUCCGGUCUCGUGCUGUCCAAGAAGAAGCCCCACGUGAGCAAGGUGCUCAUGUGGAACGUGCUGGUUGGCGGGGUCUCCGUCUUGGGGCCAAUCUCCUAUGCCUUCCUCUACUGCCCGGACACCUUCUCCAUGGCUCAUGUGGGACAACUAAACCUGACGAGCUCCUGCAACCUGAACUGCUCCUGCGAAGGGAUCAGUUACACGCCCGUUUGCCACGAGCCCACGGCCAUGACCUUCUUCUCGGCCUGCCACGCGGGAUGCCGUGGGUACAACGCCACCUCCAAGUUGUACGAGGACUGCAGUUGUGUGGCCAAUGGAACCGGCUCACCCAGUGCGGUCCAAAAGUUCCUCAAGCUACUGGAACCCACGCCGCAACCGGAACUAGACGACACCACUUACUUCACCGAUUACCUGUCCGAAGUGCCACUGCUCAACGACGAAGGGGACUUCGAGGAGAAGCUGCUGUCCAGGACCAGGAGAUCCACUCCCGAUUCGGUGCUCCGGCCGGGAAUCUGUACGCAGAACUGCAUGUGGAGCUUCUGGGCCUUCUCCAUCACAUCGAUGAUCGUCAGCUGGUUCGGUUCUUCCGGACGCGUGGGCAACAUCCUGGUCAACUAUCGAGCCGUCGCCCGCGAAGAUAAGUCCUUCGCCCAGGGUCUGGCUUUAAUGAUGAUCAGCUUGUUCGCCCUCAUCCCGGGUCCCAUUAUCUUCGGCCGUCUUAUCGACUCCACGUGCUUGGUGUGGACGAAGACCUGCAAUGGCAAUGGCAACUGCCAGUUGUACGACCAAACCCGCUUCCGCUACUCCACCAACUUUUUGUCCUGCAUGCUGACCCUUGUGGGAAUGUUCUUCGACUACCUCGUCUGGUACUACGGAAGGACGCUGGACAUUUAUGGCGACAAGGAGGCCAAGGAAGAGGAGCGUGCCAACAGAAGGGAUAAACCCAUAACUCCACUCCUUGCCAGGAAAUCCGACCAGGAGGAAUACUAAAGAGGAAACCCAUCCGUGAUACUCGAUUAUAAGGAGUAGAUUCGUAUAAUACACACAAGUUCCGAGUAUUCAAUAAGUUUUGGGAAAGAAAAGAGGAUCUGGCGAAUCCAAGAAUCCACAGCCAUAUGUACAAACUUUCCGUUCUUUGAUAGGAUAUGCGUUUUGUAAUUUCCAAUGUGUUGUUUCAGUGUACAAUUGUUAUUUACUUGUAUUAUGCGCUAAGAUCAAUUACCAUGUACCAUGCUUAGUUUAAUAAAAAAAACUAAAAGAAUUUAUUUGUACGUAUGUAUAUAAAUAAACAUUUUUAACUAAAAUAUGCUUUCCACUCAAA